CGGAAAUGGAUUCAUCAGCUGCGCAAAGGGUUUGUACAAUAUGGUAAAACACAUCUUUGUGUCUUGAGAAAUCACCCUGAGCCAAAGAGGGAGAGAUUUGACUUUCUGCAUUGGGGAUUAGAUGAAGAUGUUGUCUUAUCGUGAUGAUAAUCAGUGCUCAUGUGAAGAACCCGUUGUGUAAACCCCAAAUAACAGGACAAACGAUAUGCUAUUUCUUCUUACAUCAGUCAUUACACUUAUGACCUAAAAGCACAGUUCAUUGUCAUUUUUUGCCUCUAACAUCUUGUUAUAAUACCCGAUACAUUGUCUAAACCAUGGUGGACAACCGUUAUGCCACAGCGUUGGUCAUCGGCUCUGUGCUGAGCAUACUUGCCUGUGUCUAUCUCUCUGUCGCCAUCGGAACACCGAACUGGUACCAGUACCACAGCCAGCUGGCCAGCAAUGAUGCAAAUAAUGGUUCAGAUCUGCACAACCUGCGGCAGGACUUUGAGGGAGAGGAUGUGGAUGAGCGGAGCUACAGUGUGGCACUAUUCAGGCUUAAUGGCACUCUGGGUCUUUGGUGGCGCUGUAUUCAAGUUCCCCAAGACUCGUACUGGUUUAAAGAGCCUGAUCCAACACUGGUGACUAAAUGUCAGGCCUUUACUUUGCAGCAGCAGUGGGAAUCCAAGUAUAAAUCCCCUGGAAAUAUCAACAGCGGAGAUGAUCUGCUCCGCACCUGUCUGUGGAAGUGUCAGUUCCUUUUGCCGCUGGUGUCUGUGGGGCUGGUGUUUCUAGGCGCAUUGAUUGGAGUGUGUGCCUGCCUUUGCCGCAGUAUCACACCCACCCUGUUUGUAGGGCUGCUGCAUCUACUGGCUGGCCUGUGUUCUUUGGCUACUGUAUGCUGUUUCCUUGCGGGUGUGCACCUGCUCCAUGAGAUAUCCAAUCUGCCUGAGGGGAUGGACCACUCUCCAGGCUGGUCCCUGUUCCUGGCGCUGGUCUCUUCUCCACUGCAGAUGAUGGCUGCUGCACUCUUCAUUUGGGCUGCCAGGAGCCACCGCCAACACUACACUCGAAUGACAGCCUACAGAGUUGCCUAGGCAACAGA